UACGUCGACGUUGUUGAAUCGCCAUUUUAGAAAGAAGGAGAGCUGUUUGGAACAACAGCAGUCAGUUAGCUACUUGCUUCAACGUUAUAGUACAUAUUUUUAUUUUAUCCAGUGAUCCUACAACGCAGAAAUGUCUCGGGACAGAUUUAACCUUAACGUUAGAGGAAAUAAUCGUGGAGUUGGAUUUCAACGCCGGGGAGGUGCUGGCCCGAUGCGAGGUGGAAUGGGUAACAUGAAUAAUUUCAGACAAAACCAACACCCUUUUCAAAGAGGGCCUCAUCCCGGUAACUUUGUAAAACCACCCAACCAGAUACCUCAGAUAACCCCUCAGAAGCCACCCGCACCAACUCUUUCCCAGCCAGGCGCUCAAGCGAUUCGGCCACCACCUACUCCUGGCCCUGCGCUAACCAUGAAGGGCCCCAUACAGCAACAGCAGGCCGCUGCCACAGUAGCUCCGGCCACCGCAGCAGCAGCAACUCCGACGGCCGCAGCAGCAGCAACUCCGAAGGCCGCAGCAGCAGCAACUCCGAUGGCCGCACCUCCCGCGGCCGCAGCAACAGCGCCUGCGGCUCAACCAAAAAUGCAGUCCCCACCUCCGAAGCCUGUUCCUCCGAAACCCGCACUUUCAUCUCCCCCACCAAACCAAAUUAAAAAACCCGCUCUCUCAUCUCCCCCACCAAACCAGAUGAAUAGGAACCAGCAAAGACCAGGACCCGGCAACGCCAAUGGGAAUGGGAAUAAAUCUGCACCCGCAAACAAAAAACCUGAACCUCAAACGCAGAUGAACACUUCAAAUGAGGCCGAGGAAGCCCACCCCCCCAAUGAGUUGAGAGCGACAUUGUCCUCGUUGCGCAGACCUGGCGAGAAGACGUACACUCAACGAUGCCGCCUUUUCAUUGGAAACCUUCCCAACGAUAUCUCAGAUGACACAUUCAAGAAGCUGUUUGCAAAGUAUGGCGAGCCCAGUGAGAUUUUCAUCAACAAAAACAAAGGCUUUGGCUUCAUACGCCUUGAAUCCCGUGCAUUGGCUGAGAUAGCUAAAGCUGAGUUGGAUGAUGUACCCAUGAAAGGCAGACCGCUUCGGGUGCGCUUUGCAACUCACUCGGCUGCACUGUCUGUGAAGAAUUUAUCACCUUUUGUUUCCAAUGAGCUACUGGAGGAGGCCUUUUCCCAGUUUGGAGUGGUGGAGAGGGCUGUGGUAAUUGUAGAUGAUCGCGGGCGCUCCACUGGCAAGGGCAUUGUCGAAUUUGCCUCUAAACCUGCUGCACGAAAGGCCCUGGAUCGUUGCAAUGAUGGAGUCUUCUUGCUCACCACGUCACCUCGUCCAAUCGUCGUUGAGCCCCUUGAACAAUACGAUGAUGAGGAUGGUCUGCCAGAGAAACUGGCACAGAAGAACCACAACUAUCAUAAGGAGCGGGAGGAGCCUCCCAGGUUUGCCCGUCCUGGCACUUUUGAGUUUGAGUACUCUAAGCGUUGGAAGUCCCUGGAUGACAUGGAGAAGCAGCAGCGACAGCAAGUGGAGAAAAACAUCCGCGAAGCCCGUGAGAAACUGGAGGGCGAGAUGGACGAUGCUUUCCAUGUGCACCAGGCCAACAUGAUCCGCCAAGAUCUGCUGAGGCGUGAGGAGGAGCUACGACGCAUGGAGGAGAUGCACAGUGCGGAGAUGCAGAAGAGGAAAGAGAUGCAGCUCAGGCAGGAGGAGGAACGUCGCAUACGUGAGGAGGAGACGCUCCGCCAGAGGGAGAUUGAGGAGCAAAUCCGGCGCAAGCGGGAGGAGGCCUACAGAAGUGGGAACUUCAUGGACAAUAGGGAUAUGAGAUUGACUCAGGGUGGCGCCAUGGGCAUGGCUGACAAUCAAUUUGGCUCACCCAACCAGAAGUUCCCCAUGGGACUCCAAGGCAUGGGUGUACCUAACGCUGGGGGAGCCAUGAUGCCCAACGAAAUGCGCAACGAGCGGAACUUCCCUCAGGGAGGCCGGGGGGCAAUGGGUCCUAACAACCAAGGGUUUGGCAGGGUCCGUGAGGAGUUUGAUGGGCCUGCCAAGAAGCCCCGCUUUUAAAUCUUUUCAGUGUCCCUCAUAGCAGUGUUUUUGUGUAGGUUCUCUGAACAUCUUCACAUUGAGUCAUUGUUAUAUUUAAGUUGAAAGUGUUCUUGCACUUUAGCUUGAGGACUCAUUCAUUUUAUGGCAAGUUAGGUUUUUCUUUUUUUCUUUUGUAUUUGUAGUGUGAAAUUGAUGAAUUGGUCACCCUCAGUAAUCACAUAGCGCUAUCCCACCUAUGUAUAACUUUCUUUCCAGUUGUAUCGUGCCCGUGUCGUAAAUGGUGAUAAGUGUAAACUUUUCUCACCUUUCUAUGGCUGUGUUUUGUGCCAUUUAAGAUUUGAACUAAAAACAUGUAACUUUACAAUAAAGACCUAAUUUGGUUCUUUCCAAACCUUCUUAAAGUUUAUUUUAACCCAAUUUUGAGUCGUUAUCCUAAAUAAGCCCAGCAAGAGUUGACAAGCCUUUUUCCCUAGAUGUUUAUUAUGUUGGGCGCCGGGGGUGAACAGCAACUUUUUAUUGUAAAUGAUCACCAUGUGAACUAAAUGGAACAACAUAUGCAUACUGGACAGUAUUGAUAAAAAAGUUGACAUUUUAGAGCACAAUUAGGUCUAGUAGAAAUUGUACUUUUGGGGCCCAAUUUUGACAAUGGAAAUGAGCAGUGCUGGUGUCAAACGCGAUUAAUGCUACUAGAAUAGUUUGUUUAUAAAAAUACCAGAUUUUAAAAAUUCCCUUUGACUUUUGCGACUUAAAUUAAGAAUUGUUUUAAAAGUAUAAUUUUUGUCUAGCUCUAAGUGAAGUGUUAUGGUUUUUGACAACUGUGCUGCUUUCUUUGCGUUGACAAAAAGGUAGUAUGUUUGGCUCGUGUAUUGUUCCCAAGUCGGCUACAUAUUAUUGAACAGAGGUUGAAAGUCCUCUUUGACCACAUUUAACAUCUCAAAGCAGCACUUGAUUCAUCCACUGUCUCUUGAUAUUGCAUCAUUCAAUCUGUUUAAUUGGAAUGUAUAUCAUACACGGGAAUGUAUGAAAACGAUUUAAGAAUGUUACCCUAAAUAAUUCCAGUUUCAGCCACUGUCUGACAGAUGUUCUUAGGUCAUAAUUCAAAUGGCCAUGUUAUUAUGAGAAACGGGAACUGUGAGAGAAGUGGUACCCUUCAAGCUACCGUAGAACUUUUCAGCCUUCCACUUUGUCCAUUUUAUUUAUGGCUCCUUCACUGAAUUUCUUUAGUGUCUUUCAUAGCCUAAGUACUGAUAAACCAACAGGAAUGUGAACUGAGUCAUUCCAGUGACUAUAGUCACUUUGAAGUUUCACAUGAACAGAUUGUACAGCUAGGUCUGAAACAUCAUUAAAGGGAUAGCUUGGGGUUUUAGCAAUGAAGACCUUUAUCAACUUCCCCAGGGUCUGAUUAAUUUCUGCCUACCAUUUUACUUCCAUUAAGAAUAAAGUUAGAGGUAGUUUUGUGAGCCAGUGCUAACUAGUGCUAGGUUAGUGCAAAGACGAAUUCUUGAGGAUGCUAGCUGUACCUGGACUUCCAGUCCUUGCGCUAAGCUAGUUAGCAUUUCCUCCCAAAAUGACCUCUUAUACUGGACGCAGAGGCGAACUUGUGACCACCAUUUUACGUCUCACUGGGGAAGUAUAUAAAGAGCUUCAUUGCUAAAACCCCAAGCUAUCCCUUUUAGGAUUAGGGCACAUUGUUUAAAAACUGUAAACAUUAUCUUUCACGCAUUUAUGAAGAUGUUGAGAUAUGAAAACACCAGCCCCUUGCAAUAAAUUUUCUUGAUUUUUAAGACUGCUCGAUUAGACCUCUAAAUCUGUGACUUAAGACACAGCACACCAAAGGGUAGAUAUGUCAGCGAUGUAAGCAACAACAAAAAAUAGAUAUAUAAUUACAAAGAAAGCUACAGAGAAUGGAGAACAUUGUCCGUGUAGUUACAUUUUUAUUUAUUGAAGAUCAAACUUGUGCUCCUACGAGAUGUUUAAAAAUAAUCUCAUCCAUAUUUUUUACAUCGCUGUUGAAAUUGCACUAGUCACUGUGUACUUGAACUCAAUAGGCUCUUAGAAUUUUGUCAAUUUCAAACAAUUACAGCACAAAGAUUGAUUGUGGUUGUGCUCAAUGUUACUCAAAUGACUACAAACAGUUGUUCAUCAAAACAGUUGUCUAAACAAAUCUGAUUGGAUACCUUAACACAAGUAAUGUAUACCAUAAAACAUUCAAUGUUAUUCCUGUAUGUUUGUUUUGUGUACAUUUCUUCUUUGACAGGUUUGGCCACUUUAAAGGUUGCAGUGUGUAAGGAGACAUUUCUAAAACAAGAAGUCCUAGACCUAACUGAGUUGCACUUAAUACAGUUUACUCCCGUGACUUGUCUUACACAGACCAACCUGAUGAAGAGUCUUGCCUUAGUGAAGAGUUUUCAGCAGUCUUCAGUAAUGUAACAGGGAUUUCAGUUGGUGAAAUGGUUGUUUGAUAAACAGAACAGUAAAUAGCAACCCCCUGUGACUGAAAUCAGAACUGACACCCCAUCUAAAAUUCUAACUGGGUGUUGUCAACGUGUCUAGGUGAUUUGGAAUACAAUGAAUGAAGCCAGUUUGCCAGAAUGGCUGAAUAACAAGAAGACUGGAUCUGGCUGUGUUUCAUAGGGUGUGUGUUUCUAGGUGAACUCUUAGUCAGCUCUUCCUGGACUACUCACCAUGUUGGUCAACUUGCUAUAGUAAUGUUGACCUACAGUCAACUCGGUGGGAUGUAGGCCUAGAAGUAGCAAUGUACUGGGAAAGAAAGAUCAGACUCAUUUUAAAAUUAAAUUUCAACUCAAUCUGUGGUGAUCUUAUGUUAACAAAGGCAAUGACCACGGUUGCUCUUUUUCAGCCUGUUGGGCUGUUUUUACAGGCAGCCCAAUUCUGAUAUUUUCCCCACUAAUUGCUCUUUCGACCAAUCACAUCAGAUCUUUUCAGAGCUGAUCUGAUUGGUCAGAAGACUAAUUAGUGGGUGAUCAAGUUUAAGAAUUGGGCUGCCUGCCUAAACUCAGCCAUGUCAUACUGUUUGCAGAUGGAAUCACAGAUCAGGACACAAACUAAUGGUUAAAAUAAAUGUAGCUAGCUUUGUUUAUGCACCUGUAGUGGGAAUGUAGAUCACCCCUUAGUUAGUUUUAUAUAUAUAUUUGAUGUCCUGGCUUUAUAUGGAUUAUUGAAGUACUCUGAAAUAGUUGCCAGACUUGUAUAACCGAUGGAAGUCUAUAGUAGAACUUCCCCUUAUUCCCCGUCACCCUUCAGCAGACUGAGGAGACCUGCGUACCUAUAAGGAGCGAGAAGCUUGUCUUUGUCAAGUGUCUUGAGUGCAUGGGCGUGCAGUAGCUGUGCAAUAAAAUCCAACAGCCAGCCUGCCCCAUUCCACAGUAGAGGCUCCAAGUAAAGGCUCCGGCAGUUGGUUACGUUGAGGAUGAGUAGUUCUGCAGAAGUCAGUGGACAGUAGAGCCUGGACUUGUGUGCAGCGAGAGGUAUGCUUACAGAGCCACUGAAAAGGGGCCUCGAGUGCUUGUAGGAGGCUGAGGAGCUGCUCCUGGUUUAACAUAUGGUUAACUGAAUAGACUGAUGUCUGUUCAAACCUGUGCAGGGGCGCCUCUGGUCCAUCCUAAAACAAGGAUGUGGUCUAUCCUAAAGCAAGGAAAGGGAUCUGCAGAACCAGGUGGAAGUGAAGUGUGACGACGCCCCAGCAUCCAACCAGCAGAAAAGCUAGAAGUUCAACAGGAUACUUUUUUUUUCUUUUUUUUCUUUCUUUUUCUACACAAAAUUGCAAUAAAAGGUUCAACUUGGA